UUUUUUUAUGCUCAUGCUUAUGUGAAAGCGGAAGGCAAACUCGGAGCAGGGUUACAUUUACAGAGCAGUCGCUCUGUUAACUGGGCUGACCAGGAAGCUAGCAGGUGACAGCAUCAGGCUAAAGUGGCAAGUCGAAGUGCCUGCAACAAAGGUUACCAGGAUACCGUUCAGUCACUUCUAGAUUAAUAUAAUCUUGUGUUGACAUGUGCUUGCCUCUUGCAUAGCUCUCUAUCUGUCCCCCAAAAAUGGUGGUGUAUGGUUGAGUAUAUUGGACCAAAAUGUUCUUUCUUUUACUGGAGAACUUUUUUUAAGGUAGCUGCAUUCUUUUCUUUUUUUUAAAUAUCCAUGCUAGUUAAACAGUCCACUUUUUCUUUUAUGACUAUACCUUUGCCUUGAAAAUUUCUGAAUUGUUGAUUUAGAAUAUAGUUGCUCAAAAAUAAAUGUACAUGCAUAAACAUUCUAUUUAGGCAUUGAAGCUGGCUAUGAUGAAGAGGGGCGUGCUGCUUCACCUCGACUGGACCUGCCUGCACCCCCGGUGCUGCUGCGGGUGCAGCUGGAGGUGUGGCAGCAGAACAGGGACGUCCUGCAUGAGCUGCAGCAGCUGAGGAAUGAGGUACUGCAUGAGGCAUGAGCCUGCCUUGUCGACGGUGCCUCCAGUUCUUCCUCGGCUACCUGCCGACAGUAUUGACGAAUUAGGGGCAGCCGUGCGGGAUGAGACUGUGGCUGCCCCCUUGCGCAAGCACCUCCUGCAAAUAGGAGGGAAGUCGCUGCGCGAGGUGGCAUCGAAUUCCAUGAAGGCUGUAAUGGCACACCCCGUCCAAGUGCUUUACAGCCUUCAUAGCAGGAAGGGGAAGAGGGCAUUCAUCAAUUUGAAGUUAUGCCGGAUAGUCACAGAUGUCAUCUGUGCGAAAGGGGAGGGCCGACCUGACAGAAGCACAGGACUGCAUUAAGAGGUGGUUGCCAGGGUCUGUGGACAGGGGUGGUGGCAGGAAGAGGCGUUUCGCAGAAACGUUUUAAGCAGAGCAGCCCGAUGAUCCCUCCCUUCGGGGCAGGAAUCAUUGCCGGCCCACUGCUGCCCUCUCCCUGCCCCUCCCUAGCCCUCAGGUCCCUGGCCAUUCCACCGUCGGCGCCUCCUGUCCGGCUGCUGCCGCCCUUGCUCCUGCAGUCCCUGCCGCCCCUGCCCCUCCUCCUGCUACUGCCCCUGGAGCUGAGCACCCCUACUGAUGCCUGCAUCAGUUCAAGAACUGUAUUGUAAAUAGUAUUCUAAAUAAAUUAUAAUUUUGUUUAUGCUU